AUGGCCCCCGAGCAUGUCAGCACCUCCCCUGCCGCACCCUGGGCCACAGGGCUUGAGCGAGAACGCACCUCUUCUACCGUUCCCUUCUCCGGAGGUUCGCGUGAAGAGGUUGCCACAUGGCCUGCGCUGGGUGCUGCAGUUGAUAUAGAAGCGGGCCCUGUGCCUGUGGCAGUGCUGGGCCCGGGCUUUCGGACCGCGGUUGUGCACUUGAGCCUGCCAGUGCAUAUUGAUGAAAACAUGCUUUGCCAUGCCGUUCGUGCGGGGCUCCAGACCGAGGAGCUGUUACCGGACAGCAUUCUCCUGCCCGCCUCUGUCCAGCCUGCGGGUUCUUUCCUGACCUUCCUCCAAGUCCCACGUUGGGUGGCAUACUCAGGGCAGCGGGUUGUGGUCGUCGACCUCUCGGCCUUCCAGGAAGUUGUUUUCGCAGCCUUCCUGCCGGUUGUGAUUGAGGACCCUGUCCUUGAACAAAUUGCAGACCAGUACAGCCUUGAGCCCUGGGUCGUUUACCUUGACGAUGACCCGGAGAGACAGUCAGGCGCGUUGCGAGUGCUGUCCGGAUCGGUACUCAGGUUUGUCCCGGUUGACUGUGUCCCGACCUUGGCGAUGGAUGUGGUAAGUGUCCUAUCCGAUGAAGAUUUUCGGCCGAGGGAAAUCUCCCCACUUCUUCUAGGUGCGUGCCCGCCCUCGUGGCUUACCCUUGAUGAGCAUGCUCUGUCUGUUGUUGCGCAUGACUCCGCCGACCCUGCUGCCUUACGCGGAGCGAUCCUGCGAAGGAUGCACCAGGCACAUGAUGAGGUCUCCUUUGCUGAGCCUUGUGAGGGCUCCUUGGUCGCCUCUCUCCUGCAGGGAGGCCGCGCCGUACGCGGAAUUUUGGGGGCAAUUCGAGCUUCCAGUGAUGCCCAGGCGGGCUCCGCUACCAAAGUGCCCGUCUUUGUUGAUGCCAGGACACUUAGUAGUGGUUUGAUGGUUUCAGGUCUCCUUCCGGGUUUUCAGCCUGUUAGUGCUAUCCUCGAUCUCCUCGACAUUCAUCUGCCACAAGGCUUUGAGGUGUAUGUCUUCGGAUGUGACCGAGGCGACUCCCAAGUGCACGUCUGUGCCGGAGCUGUCUUCAGGGUCCACGCUAGGCAGCAGGGUGGGGACAGCACACUUGGUCAGCAGGCCAACGACCUUGAGGAUACCCUCGCUGUGCGGUUUGUAACGAAGACAGUGCACUUCGCGAUCUUUGCACCCCGUUGCACCCCAGAAGUUAUCGGACUUGACGUUGAUUUCCCAGCUGGUGAGGGGGAGACAGGCGAUCUACUUUCCAUGGCAAGAGGACUUGACGCCGCGGUGCGUUUUGAGUUCAUGACGCCUGCCCGGCCCCAACCACAGGUGGGCUUUGGGUGCAUCCUUGCUCUGCCGCUCUGGGCGGAAAGUAAAGUGAUUGCCUUGUUUGACACCAGGCAGAUUGACGGUAGGCUCUUUCCACUGGUUGUUGAUGCGUGGAUGCAGUGGGGGUCCUUCCUCCUGCAGACUGGCUUGGAAGGUAGAGAGCCAAUUGACGUCUAUGUGCGCCAGCGCCUGGCAAGCCCUGGGCGCCCGCUUGUCUUUGAAUCAGGGGACCUCAUAACUGUCCUUCCCCCGGCAUCUUCUCUGCCAAGUCUUUUUGACUUACCCUUCAAGCUUAAUCGAGCUGGGCUCUGGGACAGUGAACUGCCCAGGCCGGUCGUCGACGGCAGAAACACUUUCCUGCUCCUUACAGACGGCCUACCCCGUUUGGCACAGAUAGACAGGCAGCUCAUCAGAGGGACCGACGACUUUCGCGCUAUGGCGGCAGUCGCCCUCACAUGUGACAUUGAGUCCCUUACGUGUAAGGUUGCCAGGCCCAGGAUCUCUAAUUGCAUGCACCUGGGCAGUCCUUGUGAAGCUGUCCUGCUUGCCACUGUCGCUUUGAGGCGCACACCAGUGCCACCGGGACGCGUGUUUGCGCCACAAGUCGUGGUUUUCUUCGAUCUUAGGGCGAUCCUGCAGGAUUUCUCUUGGUGCAUCCUCGACAGUGGUUUAGCCCGUUUGGUCGAACUCGAGCGUCGAUUCGAAGACCGGCUCCCAGCCGGGCACCAGGUCUGUAUCCACGGAGGCUCACAGGAGCUACAGCACGGGGAUACGUAUCUCCGAUGUGAGAGUUGCUCGAUCCUGAGUGUCGAGUACAUCCCUUGUACUGACCGAAACCCUGAAGGCGCAUCGGAGUCCUCGGAGGAAUCGUCUGAUGACUCUUCCGAUAGUUCUGAUGGGCCCCCGGAUCCGGCAGUGGGGGUCCCGCCUCCUGCAGAGGAGUGCGACCGCAGCCGGACCCCGCGCAAUCGCCUCCCUCCUCAGCGAGGGCCUCGGAAGCUCUACCUUGCGCACAGCGUCAAGCCCGUUGCGGCCCUGCUGUUGAGUACAGGGGCGGAUGCGUGCCAGACGCUCAGCACACGCGCGCCAGGAGAUGUUGCUCCUGGUGUGCUUUUAGGGGCUCCUUGGUGUGCCAACACCGUGCUUGCUGCUGCUGACAUAGUGGGGCCUGUGUGUUGUGCCCUCGAUGGGAAUGGGGUAGCGCUCUUGCAAGCUUCAGCCUCCCUGUUUGCUUGGCUGUGGGCACCGCGUACCCAGAAAUGGUUGGUUGAGCCCACCCCUACCACGCGGGCAAUGCAGGAAUCUCUGGCUGCGUUACGUUACUAUGCCCCGCUUCUCGGUCGCGGUUGGCGCUACACCCCGGCUCGCCCGUUUGUUACUCUGCGUGACGUUGAUCCCAGUGAGUCCAGCGAUGAUGCUGAGGAAGAGGCCGAGGCUCACUUCGUUGUGCUUGUGCCAGGCUAUCUUCCGGAAUCCAUCCUGACAACCCUCCAUCUUCCCGCGACUGUACAUGAGGUUCUGAGCGCGGUCAGCCAUGCCAGGGAACCCGCUGCUCGCGAUCGCUUCCCGCUUUUGGCCCCUGCAUCCCCUCAGCCACGACUCGGUAGUGGGGUUGUCUUGGCCUUCGCGGAAUGGCAAAUGCAAGACAACCUUCUUUGCGUUGACUCUUCAAGUCUUGAUGGCAGGAUCUUCUCGCUAAGCGCACCAGCUUAUGUGACGCGCCAACAGCUGCUGGCCCUUGUAAAUGUCAGUGAGCGUAUAGGGGUUUCAGUCUAUGUCGGAGUUGACGAUGUCCCACUGGCCGACGAUGUUUAUUUUCAUACACGUCUUGGCCUUACAGUCUUCAUAGUUCCGUCUGACUACACCCUUCCCAUUGCCUACCCAUUGGAGCAUGUGUUGGCGGCCCGCUUCCCCUGGAGCAGUGAACCCGCCUUUCCUGAGCGGGACGCCGGCCAAGUUUACUGUCUUGUCCACGCCGAUUGUGUGGUGCUUUUCGUUCUUGACCCCAGGCGCCCGACAGCUUAUCGACGGCAGAUAGCAGCCUGUUUGGGGAUCCCGGAGACCCGACUCCAAUUGGUUCCUGCCCACAGGCGUGUGGUCGAUGCCACGCUGGAUGGCUUGCUCUGUCGCACUGUCAUUGCCGUCCAUGAAGAACGGCCAGGCGAUGCUCGCCCGCCAUGCCUUGUGCUUGUUGAUGCUCGAGCCCUCGCCGCAGGCUGGUGGUCUCAUUUUGCUAGGGGCGGGCAGACUUCGUCUGCAGAGCUUCUUGCCUCUGUUGCAGAAGAGGCCCCAGUAGGCUGGAUCAGACGGCUAGUUGGUGUGCAGACUGAGGCCCUUUUUGAAGUCCAACCGGGCCAAGUUUUCCGCCUUGAGGUCGUGCGAGCAUACUGUCCUGAGAUAGUCUAUGCCCGGAUGCCGGUAGGAUGCAGUGAUGCCGAUGCCCUCGAGGCAGUCAACGAGUUCUGCUUGCGGUUCCUCUUUGGGUCCCGGAUGGCGCUGUGGUCGUCGUUGAUGCUACCAGAGCAUUUCACUUGGAGCGGUCUACGAAGUUUACCACCGGGAUCUGCCUUGGCCAGUGCCCCCCGGUCGAUGCAUCUGUCACAUGGCGACGCGAUCCUAGUGGUCCCGACUGGACAGGCCGCCUUUGCCACUGUCACUUUCUCGGACAUGCUGCGCUCCACAGCAGGUUGGUUACAGGACUGGGCGCCGGACCUUACCUUUGAGGACACCGUAUGGACACUUUCCGAGCAGGAAGCGUUCUCUUUCAGUGUUGCGGCGGGCAGACGUGUGCAUUUUCGCAGUGAUAUAGCUGUGCGACUUGGAGUGCUGCCGCACUCCCUGAUCCUGCGUGCGCCGGACCCCAUGAUUCUUGACCAUGAGGACAGAGGUGUGCCAUCUCGCAAUGUCAUUGCGGCAGUUACCCUCCCAGACGCCCAAGAUCUGGGACCAGCGGGCCCGGUUUGUUUCCUUGAUUUGAGGCCAAUGCUCCUGCGUCUCUCCUGGCAGCACUUCUCCGAAGGCCGUUUGCCUCUGACCUUGCUCCUUAGUCGGUUCCUGGCCAGAUGCCCGGAGGGCUUUGCCUUAUGCCGGCUUGACCCUAUCAGAGGCCCAUCGGUUGUCCGACAGGACAUCCAGGUCAGGCAUGGUGAGGUCGUCAUCUUGACUUUCCUACCGAUUGAGGUUGAUAGUCUGGAGCAUAGUGAAGGCUCGGGAGGCUCAGGCCCUUCCCUCCCGUCGGGCCGGAUGUCCGACGAUGCGGAUGCUAACAGCCAUGGCACAGAUGAGGGCGCGGGCUCCCGUGCGACUGGCUCGGCUGGAACCUCCGCCGGAGCAGAUGCCGGUGGUUUCUAUGGAACCGAUCCAGCCGAAGCUGCAUUCAGCAUUACGAGAGUCACGAGAGUCGGCCAUGUGCGGCAGAUCCUCAGCCCCCCUUUGCGCUUCGCACUCUUCGAUGAUCUGUUGGACGCCUGCAGCACCGAGACGCGGCGUGGCCUGCGGCAGCUCCUGGACAGUCAAGGUCCUCUUCCCGAUAAGCUCUUUUGCUUUACAGAUGGAUCAUUCUCUCCGCCGGCCCCCGGGUACGGUGUGCGAUGCGGCUGGUCCUGUGUGCUGUUUCACCCAGCCAGCUUCACCCUCAGUUUAAUCGGAGGCCCCCUUCCCGAAUGGGUCUCAAGGGCCACCCCUCCCUCUGCAUUCGCUGCCGAGUGCACCGCCUUGAUUGCAGCUUUAUGGGUGCUUCCAACAAUUUUCUGGGGAUACACGAUAGAGGUGUUGAGUGAUUGUCAGGCGGCUAUUGCCAUCGCCAAUGGCAGUCGCGCUUGCUCUACAGCCGUCGGUCAAGCCCUUCGACAUGUUGCCUCCUUUGCCUUUGCGCAAUUACCUGGCCGCCUCGACAUCGGAUAUGUCCAAGGCCAUGCAGGCAUUUUCGGGAAUGAAGUUGCCGACCAGGCUGCGAAAAGUGCUGCCGAGGGGCAGUCACUCGGUCAUCUGCCCUGGCCGUCCUGGCCUGACCUUGAUUGCUGGUCCCUUGGAGGGAAAAUAUGGUCUUGGAUUGGCGUCGCCUGCCAGUGGCUUGCGGGAGAUCGUGCCCUCCCAGAUUUGCUGGGGGGGGAGCUUUGUGCGAGUAGGGCUAUCGCCCUGGAGGACAGGCCGACACUCUUGAAGCCCUUCCUCCCCAUCACAGCUUGUGACAGAUCCUUUGAUGGGACAUCGAAGGAUGCCGCCCAGUGGGUUCCUUUCUCCAUACGCUUGGCUACUUACAACGCCCUGUCUCUGGGAGGCCGGCACGGUGCCUCCGAUGUCGAGGCUUGCCCGGCGGGGUUAGCACACCAACCGGCUCGGCCAGCCCUCCUGGCCGCCAGCUUGCUUGAGGCCGAGAUUGACGUAGGCGCCAUUCAGGAGGCUCGCACCCCAGCGGGAAUGGUCCGCACCGGAGGCUACCUGCGCUUGUGCUCCGGCGCCUGCAAUGGGCACCUAGGCGUAGAAUUGUGGGUGCGAUUGGGGCGCAAGGUGAUGCAGGGACCCUCUGGUUCAGCUAGCGAGGUCGAGUUGCGGGAGGAGCACUUCCUUGUGCUACACAGGGACGCCCGACUCCUCAUUACCCUCUGCCAGUGUGGUUUCUCGGUCAUCUUCGCGGUGGCCCAUGCGCCGCACCGGGGCACUGAGCACCAUCUGCUUGAGCAAUGGUGGAGCCAGACGGCUGGUCUGCUCCGCAAAAUAGUUAAGGGACGCCCUCUAGUUCUGGCAGGCGACUUCAAUGCCAGUGUCGGCACACAGGUGUCCUGUCACAUUUCUGAUCUCGCUGCUGAAGAGCAGGACUCUGCUGGAGAAGCCUUACACCGGAUCUUGCGAGAUCAUGAGUUAUGGAUCCCAGCUACAUUUGAGGGUGUGCACACAGGAAGCAGUUGGACUUUCGUCCAGAAGCGAAACCAGGCCCUCAUCCGCCCUGAUAUGGUCGCUGUACCGCUCGCGUGGCGCCAAGCUAGAGUGGCCAGUUGGACGGACCCUGGCGUCACGGCUGCCCACGGUGUGGUUGACCAUGUUGCAUCUGUUGUCUCUGUCCGGAUGCGGGUCUGCUGCUCUAAGCUGGCGCCCCGGAGCACAGCUCGCAGCAGUGUCCCGUCUAGCGUCAGUGACCCAGCCUUGCAAGGCGCGGUGAGCGGUGUGCUGGACGCGGCACCUCGGCCAGCAUGGGACGCUUGCAGCCACUCGCAUGCUGCCUCUGUCACAGGUCUUCUGCAGGCCGAGCUCAGGCAGGUUGCUUCCAACGCCCCCCGGCGCCCCACGCACCCAUAUUUGAGUGCGAGCACCUGGGAUCUGCAUGCUCAAGUCGCCCGUUUGCGACGAAGAUGUGCCAGGAUCAGACAGGACUCGCGCUUUCACUUGCUCUUUGCAGCCUUUCGGGCCCUGCGUGAGGGCCGUGGGGAUGCCCUUCUCGAAAUGAUCGAAGGGCCGUGGUCCCUUUCGGCGCACGUUGCAGGCACCAUAGCCAGCUUGCAGUUGCGCGUCCUCGGGAGGCGUCUGAAGACGCACUGCAAGAAUGACCGGGCGCGGUAUGUCGAGGGCCUGGCGGACGCUGUCGAGCGCAACCAGUCUGGGGCAGACACGGCUUUGCAACGACUGCUGUGUCGCCGUCGCAAGAAAGCCUUCGCACCGGCGGUCCUGCCGGAAGUCCUUGACGAUGCCGGUAGACCGUGUGACACCCCGGAGCUCGUACAGCGACGCUGGCGGGACCAUUUUAGCGCUAUGGAGAACGGGGUAGAGGUCUCAGUCCCCGACUUGACUGUCUCGGCCCGGGUGGCACAGUCUGCUCUUCCAAUGCCGGUAAGUAUUCAUGACCUUCCGUGUCUUGCCGACUUGUGCCAGGCCUUUGCCUCCACCCAGGCUGGGAAGGCAGGGGGCCCCGAUGGUCUCCCCAGUGCCUUGAACGCUGCUUUCCCCAGGCAGCUCGCCCAUAUCUGGUACCCGGUCCUACUGAAAUUCUGCUUGUUAGGUGAAGAACCUUUGGGAUUCAAGGGAGGUAUUCUUACCCACCUCUACAAAGGUCGGGGUUCGGUUUCGUCCUGCGACUCCCACCGGGGCAUACUCUUGUUGUCAGUUGUCGCAAAGGCCUUGCAUAGGGCGUUGCGCCCUGCCAUUUCUCGGCAUUUUGAGGCAGUCGCGCACCCUCUGCAACUCGGUGGCAGGCGCGGGGCCUCGGUGAUUUUCGGCUCGCACCUGGUGCGCUCUUUCCUGCGCCACCGAAACACUUGCAAGCUGUCGACGGUGAUAGUCUUUUCAGACGUCGCAGCCGCGUAUUAUCGCACCGAGCGUGCGCUCACCGCGCAGGAGCUGAACAGUCAGCUCCCCGCAAUUCCAGCGGCCAGCACUGAGCUCGAUUUGGAAUUUCAGCUCGCCCAACCGGGCGCUUUGGCUCAGCAGGGGGCAUCAUCUUGGCUCCAAGCCAUCACACAUGAAAUUCAUUCGGGCACAUGGAUGUCACUCGCCCGCGAUGCACAGAUUGUCCAGACUCGGAGGGGCACCCGCCCCGGGUCCGCGUGGGCGGAUCUCUCCUUCGCAGUCCUAGCUGAGAGAAUCUUGAGUGUCAGGGACGCUCAGCGCUCGCCCAUCACUGCUGCUUCAGCCGGUAAGGCUGUACCCUGGGACGGCGCAAGACACUGGGGCGACCAGGCUGAGCCCCCGACCGGGCCCUGUGGCACUCGGAUCGACGAUAUCAUCUGGGCCGAUGACUUUGCGGUUUGUUUAGGACCCAGUUCAGCCUUGCAGGUACGCCCUGUGCUGGCAAAUGAGACAGGUGCCCUGGUUGAUGCCUUUGGCUCACACGGGUUCGAGCUCAGUUUUGGCGAGCGUAAGACAGCUGCCCUCGUUUCCCUGCGUGGGGCUCAUGCACAGCGAGUCAAACGUGACCUCUUCCGGGGCGACGCCACCGUUCCUGUGCUUUGUGAGGGGAGGGGCACUGCUACCCUUCCCCUCGUCCCUGCGUAUCGGCACCUAGGGGUCACCAUCGACCCCUCAGGCAACAUUGCAGUCGAGCUGAAGCUGCGUUGCCAGCAUGCGUGGGUUGCCUUCCGCGAGCACCGCACUAAGCUCUUCCGUUGCAAGCGCAUUUCGGUUGUCAGGCGGGGCUCGCUCCUUGGGACCUUUGUCUUGACCCGUCUGACUUUCGGGGCGGGCGCCUGGCCACCUCUGCGUGCCUGUGAAUCUCGCAUCUUCUCGCGGACUUUGUUCGCCUUGUAUCGGGCGACUCUCGCUGUCCCGCGCGACAGUGACCAGCAUCUUUCUACUGUCGAGGUUUGCUCUCUGGUCGGGCAGCCGGAUGCCGACACAGUCCUUCAUGUUGAGCGUCUUCGUUACCUCCGACAGUUAGUCGCCGGUGCCCCAGAUCAGUUGUGGGCGUUGGUUCGGCUGGAUUUGCCUUACCUAAGGGCCCUUCGGGAAUCCUUGGCCUGGUUGUACUCGUGGGUCCACCGUACUACUGAUCUUCCGUGCCCCCUCGCGGAUCCAGAGCCGUGGACUUCCCUCAUGUGCCGCGCCCCGGGCCGAUUCAAGGGCCUCGUGCGACGAGCCAAGGGCCUUGCCCUCUUGCGAGCGUCGGGAUUUGCCGUCUUGCGGGCGCUGCUGCGCAGUCUGCAGGCUCUGGAGGGCGCGCCCAUCGCGCCUGCUGCUACCAGCGACGGUGUUUUCACUGAUGCUUGCCUCAUUUGUGGUUUAGCCUUUACUUCCCGAGCUGCAUGGGCAUGCCAUGCCUCCAAGAAGCACGGAUAUCGGCUUGUGACCUCUCAGAUGGCGGGGACCAGUGACCGGCUUUGCCUGGGGUGCGGCAAGUGUUUUGCCAAGCCAGCGCGUCUCCGCCGGCACCUCCUGAACAGUGUUCAGUGCCGGAAGUCCUGGGGCUCUUUUCAGCCGUCUUCUGCGUCUCUCCCUGUCAUGCAUGCCAUGGCACUCCCCGUCAGCGUCCCGGGAGUGCUGUCGGGGGCCCCUGCUGCGGCGGUUGACCCUGCUUCUUUUCACAGGGGGCUGUUGGGAGCCUUGAGGGCUUUGGACCGGGUUGACUGUGACACAGCCUGGUGCAUCGUCAAGGACUUCGUUGAGCCUCUGUCAGUUCUGAGGGCAACGGUUGGCAUGUGGGCUGCUGAAGCCGGCGCCACACCUGAGGUUGCGGAGGCAGCAGCCGACAUCCAGUUGAUGCUCGAUCCCCAACUGUGUUGUGACGAAUUUCGCACCUCCCGCGCCCUGGGGGAGAGCGCGGCUGUCUUCGCAGGCCUCGAGUGGCAUCCGCCUUGCCCUUUCCCCUUCGUCCUUUCCGGGGAGGUCGCCGUCUUUCGGUUGGAAGAGCCCCCGCUUAACGGGUACGUGUACCCUUUUACCCAGAGCCUGCCUUUGGGGGCGGCAUCGAGGUUCAUUCGCUGGUUUGAAGUCUGUUGCGAUGUUUUGGGGGCAUUUGCACAGACGUCUGCAGUGCACCCUGUUAGCCUCUGCGCCUCCACUGUUGCACUGGACGCGCUCGAACCGGAGCGGAUCCAAGCUCCCCUCAAGGACAGGGAGCUUGGUGUCCGUUGGAAGACUUCUGGUGACCUGGUCAUACGAACUGGAGGACUGGACGACCUCCUCCUGAACAGAAGCUGGGAUCUGUGUUGUAUUGAUCCAGAAGCUCUGGAAAUUCAGAAGCAAGACGACUGGUGCAUGAACGUCUACGCUGAUUCCGGCUUGUCCGGCGAACCCAUCGCUCGCUGGGAGAAGGGGCGACUCAUCGUUACGCAGAUGUUCGAUGACACCACAGGCAUUGCGACUGUGCUCGUGCCACCGACGGAACCGGGUGGUGAUGCAGCUACCGGCUACGUCAAGUACUCUAUGCGAGACGGCCGACCUUUGCUGAAGGCUAUGGUGGCACCAGUUGAAGAUCCUCCUGAGCUUGUGGAGGGCCAAUUGAUGCCAGGUGCCAAGCCCCCGGAUGACGAGUUCCUGGAAGGGCCGUUCUUCGCCGUCCUGCCGCUCGGGAAGGAGGAAUUGCUAGUCACGGUCGGCCAGGAUGUGGGCAGCGAUUCCUGGGCGCGUCUCCCCAGAGGCUACCGGCUUCGCUGCUUUGCAGAGAUCCUCGGGUUCCGAGCUCGGUUGCCGGACUUGGAGGGUGGAGGCUGGGUUAGCCUCUGCACUCCGCAGGGCUUUCCUCACUUCCGCAAGCAGCCGAGCAUGGCUCCGGAGAUCGAACUGCCGGAGGAGGUGGGCAGCUCCAAGAGCUCAGCUCGACGUAAAGGAGCUACCAUACCAAUUGUGUGGCCUGGCAUCGGUGUCUUAUGGCCGGAGCCCGUACCAGUUCCUGUACCAAAGCCCCAACCCAAGACCUUGCCGGAGCUGCUGUCCUCGAUGGUGUCCGGAAGGGCUUUAUGUGACUGGCAGAGGAUGGCCUUACCGCCCUACCAGGAGAUGGUUUGGAAGAACCGGCACGCGCCUUCGAUCACUCGCUUGCACGAGCUGCUGAGGCUGAAGAUCUGGAAGCCUGCUGUGGUCGAGGCGGAGUACGCUCACAUCCGCGAAGCAGAGGACGAACGCAGUCGGCGCAUCGUCUCCAUGCCUCUGGGCUCCUUGGUCAUCACGCAGUGGGUCUCCCCGGGUGGCUCCGUGCGGGUCGUGGUGGCUACGGAGGAGGAUGACCCAAGCCCAGGCCUGGGAUGGACGGAUCUCGGGGGCGCCGACGGCGCAGCCCUGACUCUGCUCACGGAGGGGACGGACUUCUGGGUGGAGCCUCAAGGAGGCCACAUUGCUGAAGAGGACCAGCAGGACGAGAGUGAAUGGCAUCCGGCAAAGAUGCAACUCCGUGAAACGAAAGAUCCGGACAGCCAAGUUGUUGGAAAUCUGCAGCGCGGGGACGUGGUGCAGAUAGCCGAGAUAGACGGCCGCUUGGGGCGCGUGGUCCGUAUCAAAGCCAUCGAAGAGACAGACUCGGAAGCAGUAGGAGGGUGGAUGGAUCUCUACACGGAAGCUGGCUGGUCUUGCUUGAGGAAGCGAUUCCUCGGCCAAGUGCACCCGGAGGAAGUCAGGCGUCUUGACCAGCGUCAGAAAGCAUCGAAGGUUGAAGAGCAGCUGUCCAAGGAGACGAUAUCGCGACCUUCCAAGGUGCCGGUCGCUGAGGAUGAGGAGGAAGACGAGCUCGCAGAGUUGCCAGCGUUGUUAAAAGAACUGGGCGAGUUGGAGGCGAAGAGCAUCUACACACGCGAUUGGCGGGAGGCCAUCGAUCCAGUGUGGGGACGCCGUUACUUCGUGAAUCGAUGGUCAGGCCAAGUGAUCCACCACUUGGUUCGGUACGGUGUGGCGGAGGCAGCCGUGAAGCUCACCAUCCACUUCACGAACUUGUCCUUGCACUCUGACGGCCUCGCAAGGGAAGAGUUCCCCGAGAGGAAGAUCGCCUCCCUGGAGCGUUCGGCCGUUUCAGGUUUUGCAGCAAUCGCAGACGUUCCAGACAAGCGAGUGCAAGUGAAGUUCUACGACGGCCCGGCGCAGGAGCCUCCCUCCUCGCAGCCGUCCUCACCGGCCUCCGAGGACAGCAUCACAGGUCAGACAACCAAGAGCCCGGAGGCGGAUUUCCGGGCCGUGGUGCUUCUCAAGGCUCCAGGCGUGAAGGCUGCCUGGGCUUCUGCGACGCUCCAGAAGCUCAUGGCAAAUGCUGAGCGCUUCGGUCAGCUCAUGGCAGAAGUGCUGGGGAGCGUGCCCCAGAUGUGGCUGCUUCUGAUCAAGGAGGAUGAGCCAUUCAGCAUGAUCCGGGCUGACCUGGAGGAGACGGACAUCCCACGUGACUCUGAGAUUGUCGAGAGAGCGCGAUCGAAGGCCUCGGAACUGUCCGAGUUGCCACAGCCCAUUGACACAGAAUUCAUUGAGCUCCGCAAGAAUCUGAUGUGGUCGAGACCUCGCAGCAUGCGGUACACCUUCCACCACAUUGGAGAGGUGAAUGCUCGUGCGAUUGGAGAAGGCUUGGAGAUGGCUUUCCAGGCGCCUCAUGCACAGAUCGAUCCGCCACACCUCGAGGAGCUGAGCAUCUGGGGCUGUGGCAUCGGCAACGGCGGUGCCGUGGCUUUUGCGAAUGCCUUCGCGCUUGGAUGUGGGCGGAAGCUGCAGACCAUCAUCUUGGAUGACAAUGACAUUGGUGCUGCAGGUGCGACCGCGCUGGGCGCUGGCCUCCAAAACUGCCCCGAGUUGAGGGAGUUGAGCCUUCCAAAGAAUCCACUCGGGAAAGGUUUCUCAUCACUCCUCUCAGGCCUGGGUGAGACACUCAAAGUCUUGGAUGCCUCAGAGGCCAGCUUGGACGAUGCCGCAGCACAGGCCAUCGCUGCCGCUGUGCCGCGCUUCCCAUUGCUCAGGUCAUUGAGGUUGGCUGGGAAUGUCGCCUUGAGCCUGCUCGGAGUCGAAGCUGUUGUGCGAUCGAUGCUGCAUGCGGGAGCCCCGUGA